AUGGGAUGGCACACGAGAAGAGGUGGUUAUAAAAUCAACCUGGAAAAAGUUCGCACAUAUGUUGUGCCCGAUUUGUCCGAUUGUCUGUAUUUACCUUAUGUCGAGCCUAAAGCCAAAAGGGGAAUCAAAUAUACCAUUGAUACGAAUAAAUAUUUAGAAUUUGCAAAGACAUACGUAAAGAAGAAUGAAAGCUUAUCAUCAACGGUUGAAGAUAAUGAAAGCUCAUUAUUAACGGUAGAUUGA